UCGAUAUUUCGAUAUAAAUAUACAACAAAGGUGUGGAAAUCUAAGUUUCCACAAAAACGAGCAAAUAUUUGCAUUUUUCAAGCCCCGAAUCGGCUAAUUAGAGUUUUUCGUCGGAACGGGAACCGAUCUAACAGCGACCAUCGGCAGCGGAAGUGGCUGAUUAAUGUUUUUUGUUGUGACUGGCGUGAAACGAGAAGUGUGACGGGCGUCAAUGAGGACACACUAAUUCAGUGGUAAAGUUGGAGUUAAUUGUCUAUUGCGCCCGACCAUGCCACUGCCGAAGCGAUCGAUAGAGCCCGUACAUGUGGCCCGCUCCGUCUACCAGCAGGAUGAGCUGCAGUCCGUGGAGCUGGAGACGGUGACCAACACCACCCUUACGAACAUCAUUCGCCAGUUAUCCUCUUUGUCAAAGCACGCUGAGGAUGUGUUCGGAGAGCUGGCCCGCGAUGUCGCCAAUAUUGGGGAUCGGGCCAACUCCUUGCAGGCCCGCAUCGAUCGGCUAGCCAUCAAGGUCACCCAGCUGGAUAGUACUGUGGAGGAGGUACCCCUGACGGACAUCACGCGCAAGAAGGCCUUCAAGUCGGCCAAGGUGUUCGAUCAGCAGAUCUUCUCGCGCGCCACCAUGCCAGCACCGAUGCUGGAAACAUACGCCCAGUGCGACAAGCCGCCGCCGCUGGACAAGCUGAAUGUGUAUCGGGACGAUGGCAAGGACGGUCUCAAGUUCUACACCGAUCCCAAUUACUUCUUUGAGCUGUGGCGUCAGGAAAUGCUCAAGGACACCGAACGGGUGAUGCACGACAAGGGCAAGAAGAUGAAUCGACCACGGCAGGAUGGCGGAGCCGGAGGUGCUGCUGGGCGUAGCAACAAGAAGCAAAAGACCAAAAUAAGACAGCCCCACAACACGCGCGAGAAACAGCGUCAACUCGUCCUGGUGCACGGCGAGACCUUGAUGCCCAACAAUGUUAUAUACCGGACACCGAAUUCCAUGGUCAACGAGGAAGCCGGCUACGGAAAUACAGUAAAGCCUUAUAAUAUGCUUUCGCAUUUGGAGAAUAACAGUAAUGUCACAAAGCAAACCGCCGUUGCGAUUGCAGAUAUGGGAGUCUACGACACACGCCCACCGCGUCCCAACUCGAUCGAAUUGCGUCACAGCUACCAGUCGGAGCAGAUCGAUAGUAGCACCUACGACCAGGUCAACCCACAGAUGGGCAGCCAGUAUGCGCCCUCGUUCGGCGCCAAUGGAAUGGGUGGAGGCCAGCAGAUUCAUAUGCAGCACCAGCAGCAGAUGUACGACGCCGGGUUGUACCAAUCCCACUCCCUGUACGGUCAGACGGGGCAGGGGGUUAUGUCACCGGAGCCGAUUUACGGCCCGGGCACCCCGUCGCGCAACAAGCCGCGUCCCUCGCAACCGCCGCCGGCACCUCCAUCGAACGGUAGCGGUGGAGGCACACCCACAGCCUCGAAUGCCAAUACUCCGACCCGUGGAAGGAGUAUGUCGACCAGCCGGGACGCCUUGCCACCGCCUCCGCCGGUACCGGACGCCAUGUCGCCCAUGUCCGUUAUGAAUGGCGCCAACAGCGGACACAUUGCGGCCAAGCUGCUGGGCCGGGCGAACAGUACAUCGCGAGCUGGAUCUCCGCAGAUGACUCCGAACAAUGUUCAGAGCGCCAACGACAUGGUUAUGACGCAGCUAAGCAAUACAUUCAACAACAUGGGAAUGGGAAUGGGAGGCAACCAGUUGAACUCCCUUAGCGACUUGCCUCCCCCGCCUCCAGUGCCAGAUCAGCACUCACCAAAAAUGUCGCCUCCAAAUGCUGCACCACCCCCGCCGCCACCGCCGCCGCCAGUUGAGGAUGGAAUGGGCGGUGGUAGUAUCAACCAGCACACCAUGCGGCCACACCAAAUUCUACCCAAAUCCCUGGCCAAUGGCGAGAUGCCAGGUCAACAGAACGGUGUACCGCAUAUUGUGGCUGCUAAGAAGCUAUUGCCUCCAUUCCAUGACCCACGAAACGACUUGAUGAAGGCCAUUCGAGAUGGCAUUACCCUGCGAAAGGUGGAAAAGUCGGAACAGAAAGAAUUUGAACGCAAUACGGCACCGCUGGAUGUAGCCUCGAUCUUGGCCAGGCGGGUGGCAAUAGAACUAUCCGAAUCUGAGGACUCGGACAGCGAUGACGACAGCGAGGGGUGGAUGGAGCCCAACGAGACAUCGGCUUGAUCCCUGAUGAACUCGCUAAAGCCGGAAAUAAUUCUAAAAAAUAAAAAGAAAAAAUAAUUCCAAAGAGAAUUAAUCCAUACGAUGGUCUAAACCAGGAGUGGUAUAAAAUUGGAUUACACAAAAGCACCAAAGCUUUUCUACCACCACCCUUCAUUAUAAUAUAAUACACCUAAACUAAUUCCUAAAUAUUAUACAUAUAUCUAAAAUCAAAAACAACAAAUUAAUUGAAUUGUAAAUACAUACACACCAGGACGAGUAAUUAUCGUUAAAGUAAUCGCUAUAGUAAACGCAUUUGAAUUUGAAGCCUAGAUGAUGCUCCAAGAGGAUUGAUAAUGGAUGGAUAGAACCAGCGCCAGCACCCAGCACCGCGUUUUAUCAAUUCUUUCGGAGUCUAGCUCUAAGUAAAGCUCUAGGGCUUCUGUAUCAUAGUAGUCGGUGUUUGGAUAUUAUAUUAUAAAUAUUCGAUAUUAUUACUAAACUCAAUCCUAAACCCCCCUACUUGCAAUCGAUACGAUUAAUACAACACACAUUUAUCCAAAACGAAACUUUAGAAUUUUGUAAAUACAAUAAUAUAUAAAAUUA